GCUGUUCUAGUGAUCCCGCAGCUAUGGCGAUGUGCGUGUGGCGGCCUCUUAGGUUAGAAUAUUGCGCCUCCUCCUCCUCCUCGUUCAAGCUCCAGCGCCUGGAUCCGGCCGGCUGUGCCGAUGGAUCGCAGCAGCUCAGGGCAGUGCCGCGGAAGAAAUGUAGGUUAUCGAUGCAAUGCCGAGCGCAAUGCGGUACUGGCGAGGGAGAUGGCGAUGGAUUGUUGAUGAAAGCUUUCCAAAAGUAUGCCGUGUGUGUGGCACUGGCUGCUACGUUUGCGCUGCCCUUGAGGCCUCAGGUGGUCCAUGCCUUUGCGAGAGGUCCUGCCGUGUCGGAUGUGGCCGUUCUCAUAUCGGGUCCUCCGAUCAAGGAUCCUUCGGCGCUUUUGAGGUAUGGACUGCCGAUCAAUAACAAGCCGAUCAGGGAGGUCCAAAGAUCUCUCGAGGACAUAACCGAGAACUUGAAAGUUCCUGGGCCGAGAGCUCUUGACAGCGUUGAAAAGAAUGUGAGGCAAGCUGCUCGCGUCUUGAGCCAGAGCAAAGAGAAAAUUCUUGCGGAUGUUGCCGAAGCGAAAAAGAGCCAUGCUGAGGGGCUACUAAGUUCUCUUGUGACGGGGCUCCAGGACUUUCAGACCGUGACAGACAAGGAGAGUGUGGCACCAAAGCAAACGGAACUUCUCAACAUUGUCGGAGAUGUAGAGGAGGACAUGGUGGCACAGUUCCCGUUUGAGGUCCCGGAGGAGUAUGCCAGCAGACCACUCCUGAAGGGAAGAGCUACAGUGGAGAUGAAAGUUAACGUGAAGGACAAUCCCAACGUACAAAGCGUGGUGUUCCGGAUAGUUGCCGAUGGAUACAACGCGCCGGUAACAGCGGGAAACUUCCUUGACUUGGUCGAGAGGCAUUUCUACGAUGGAAUGGAAAUCCAGCGAGCGGAUGGAUUUGUUGUCCAGACGGGAGAUCCUGCCGGACCAGCUGAAGGUUUUGUCGACCCAAGCACGGGAAAAGUAAGAACCAUUCCUUUGGAAAUUAUGGUCGACGGAGACAAGGGGCCAAUCUACGGAGCCACACUGGAGGAACUUGGACGAUACAAGGCCAGAACAAAGCUGCCAUUCAACGCGUUUGGCACGCUAGCCAUGGCUCGCGACGAGUUUGAGAACGACUCGGCUUCCAGCCAGAUAUUUUGGCUAUUGAAAGAAAGCGAGCUCACUCCGAGCAAUGCCAACAUACUAGACGGUCGCUACUCGGUCUUCGGCUACGUUGUCCAAAACCAAGAAUAUCUUGCAGACCUCAAAGUCGGUGAUACAAUCGAAUCUAUGAGAGUGACUUCCGGCAUAGAGAACCUGGUGAAUCCAAGCUACAAAUCCUUGUAAACUUGUAAGCUUUUCUUCAUGGAUCUCAAGCCAGCAGCUUCUUCUUGUCUGUGUUUUUCGCUUCCAGAGCUCUCUCAAACUUGGGGGACUUCAAAAAAUAAUCUUUUGCGAGCU